AAGUAUCCCCCACCGAGGAACCUCUUUGUUAUUGAAUAUCCACCAGGCUGCACAGGACCUUGCUUUGGGAAUCAUUUCUGAACAUUUCCAAUGCCCAGCGUUUCUGGAAGCCCUCCCAAGAUGAAACAGCCAGUAUCGAGGCAAAAUGUGUAAUAUUUUAUUAAAAUAAACGUGAUUUUUCCACCAAGGACUCCAGGUGAAACGAGCAGGCUGCGGUGGAGCGGGGCUGGGUGGCUCUGGUGGCCCCAGGAUGCCGUGAAGCUCAGAUGGCUGCCAUCCUUCAGUUAUCACAGUACUGUACCUUUACAAGAGACAGCAUCAGCACUGUGAUAACUGAGCCAGGGCAGCCUGGCAGUCAUUGGCCCCUCCGUGGCACUGCCGAGUCCUCGGCGUCCUCAGUGUCCCCAAAACCCCGCCUCACCCCGCAGGUGAAAGCCUCAGGAGCUUUAACACAAGUGGCUUUGCAGCUGAGGUUCACUCCAGGAAAUUACCCACAUAAUUAGCGUUAUCUUAAUGACCACGGCGGUAGCUCCGAGUGGUUUGAAGCGGCGGCUUCUUCUGGGCAAAUCCACCCACGCUGGAUUUAAUGGAGAAAGAGUAACCAACCCUCCUACACAGAACCAGCCCUUCCUCCCCCUUAAAUCCAGCCAGCCCUUGGCUCAUGCUGCUCGUAUUGGGUGUCAGGGAGCACUGGGGACAGUGGCAGCCAGCCAGGAAAGCUGCUGGAGCCACUCUGGGACAGCGGCAUCACCACGGGCACGACACCGGCACCGUGCCCUGAGCCUGCCAGGCUCCUGCUGCUUGAUUUUCCAGGAGCUGGGAUUUUCCAGCCCAUCCCACACCUUCACUGGGCUCCUCUGGAGCUUGGCACGUGUGUCACAGCUGAUCCUUGCCGCGCCCUCCGAGGGGAGCAGCCCCCAGUGCCAGCUGUGCUCGCAGGGACUGAAGCUGCAGCAAGCAAAGAGGGGCCUCCAGGUGUCUGAGGUGGCGUUUUUAGGUCACCAAAUCCACAUAAAAACAUUUGAUACACACAAUCCCAUUAAUUAGCUAAAUUACAAGCUUCCCUCAACCUAUAUUUUCAUCAGCCUCACUGUUUUUUUCUCUUCUUUAAAAACAGGCACUGCUGAAAAGAUCACAGAACUACUUCUCCAUCCCCCACUUUGUUGUGUAUUUCUACAACUUUACCCCUUUCUUGUUUUUUUCAUUCCCUAAAACCAGGCAUUCUUGAAAACAUCACCAAAUUAUUCCUACAACCCCCACGCUGCCUGAGGGAAUCAGAUACAUCAAGUUCUGAAAGGAGUUUAAAAAAAACACCACGGUUUUAGGCUGCCCGAGUUAAUGUGUUACCAAGUUUCCAAUAAAAUCUAUUUAUGAUGUUGAUGGACUCCAGCAGCACAAGAAGCUUCCACCAGGAGGAAGCAGGAACUCCAAAAAUUGGGAUUUUUUUUUUUAACACUCUAAAAUAACUCACCUGGCAAAGGGAAGGUGCAGAGAUGCUCCAGAGGGCUGUUUUUAAGAGAGAAACACAAACCACUCGGCUGGAUCCAGCCGUGAACACGCUGCCUUACAAGUUUGCAACUCCAGAGGGCAACGGAGAGGCAAACAUGGAAUAUCGGAGGAGCAGCACGCAGGGGAGAAAAAAAAAAACACAUUUGUACAUUUUAAAACAAACUCCAAACAUACAUUACAUAAAAAGGGGACAGUCAACAGAUUAUGCAAUGCUGACGUCAGGCAGCACGGAUGACUUCAGCAUGCAUUCCCAAAUUUGCAGAUUUGCCACCGUUUGGGGAUUAAUCAUUAAGGAAUUGGCUGUUGCUAGGAAAGCACAACAAAAACUUGCUAAAAAUAUUAAUGGAUUCUGUCCGUGCAAGAGUGGGUUUUGAAAAGGAAAGGAGCUGCAUGAGCAGCGAGCCCUUGGCUCUCACUCCGAGGUGUUUUCACACCACCAUUGGUAUUCCAGAAGCUGGAGUCCUGGCACAGCAGUACCUCGAGAGGGGUCUCCUGGUGCCCGACCACGUCAUCACGCGCGUGAUGAUGGCAGAGCUGGAGAAGCGGCGGGAGCAGCACUGGCUGCUCGAUGGUUUCCCUCGGACGCUGGGACAGGCCAAGGCUCUGGAUGGGAUCUGUGAGCUGGAUCUGGUGAUCAGCCUCAACAUCCCCUUCGAGACGCUGAAGGAUCGCCUGAGCGCGCGCUGGGUGCACCCCGCCAGCGGCAGGGUCUACAACAUGGACUUCAACCCUCCCCACACCCAGGGUGUGGAUGACCUGACAGGAGAGCCCCUGGUGCAGCGUGAGGAAGACAGGCCCGAGGCGGUGGCGGCGCGGCUCAGGAAGUACAAGGACGCUGCCAAGCCUGUGAUCGAGCUCUACAGGAGCAGAGGAAUCCUUCACUCCUUCUCUGGCACAGAGACCAACAAGAUCUGGCCCUACGUGUACACCCUGCUGUCCAGCAGGAUCCCGCCCAUCCUCCCGGAUGAGGAGCACUGAACAGCUCCUGCCAAGGACUGGGAUCUCAUUCCAUCCUGGAUUUGGUUCCCAGCACAGUGCCAGGGCUGUGCUGGGAUUGAGAGAUCAUGAACUGGGUGGAACUGGUGGACACCAGUUACAGCCAGGAUCAGAUCUUUGUUUAGAAGGUUGAGUCUGCUGGAUAAAGGGUUUUUUUUUCCCCUCUUUUGGGGCUCUGGAGUUCUCCAGCCUGUGGUGCAUCCUGGAUUGGUGAUGCUGAGCAGGGCAUUGGCCAUUCCAGGUUUACACAGCUUUGCCAUGGUGUCCUUGCCAUCCCCUUCCAGCCCCCGAGCCCUGGCUGAGCCCAAAUGUGCCAUCCUGUCCCUCCACAGGAUCGUUUACUGCCGAGGACUCUCUAGGCUGAGGUGCUUGGGGUUUUUUUGUCCCUAUAAAUUAUUUUCUAGUCAAUGUAUUUCUCAGAGAAAUAAAGCUCUAGAAAGCACCACUUAGCCCAGUGGGAAUUUUGGGAGCAAGGUGGGAAAUUACAAAGCUGAGAGAGGUGAGGAUCACAUUUCCAGCAUUGAUACACACAAAAGAGGCAAAACAUGGGAGGUGAAACAUUCCCUUGUGCUCUUCCCACAGGGAGAGCUGAGCUCUGGGCUAGGAAAAGCUGCUGUACAGGUUUUUAUGGAAUGCUGGGAGGCUGAGCAGGAGCUGGGCUGGGAGCAGGACCUUUGUGCUUUCCUGGUUUAUAGCUUUUAAUACCACAAGAUAGCGAUGUGCUAAGAGUUUCUCCCAAAGAUUUAUCUCCACGUGUGCUUCAGUUUUGGGGUGAAAUCAGCUCAUUCCAUCUCCUGUGUUGCCUUUUGUCCCCGAGGUGCCCUGGCCAGGGGCUCCCUUCAGCUGCUCCUGCUGUGUUCCCCAGCAAAAUGAUUCCCAUCCUCAAAUCCCAGAGACUUUUCCUUCCUUGGGAUGCAGCCAGGGCCAUGCCCAGGUGUUUUCCCACCAUUUGCAGCAUCCUUGGAUUGUCUUGGGGCCGGGUUUUUCUCAACUGGAAGUGCUGUCACCCUCUUUUUGUAGGAUGCAGUACCCGAGCAAUGGGGACAUUGUCUCCUCGAGUUGCCUUAUUUUAUAAACUCUGUAUUUUAGGGGGAAAAAAAAAUAAGAAAAGCAAAAAAAAAAAAGAAAAGCAAGAUGUGUAUUUGUAACGGUUAAAAAAAAAAAGCAACAGAAAAAGCUCUGAAUUUCAGCAUCAGCUUUUGGGAAUUGUGCAUGGAGCUGCUGGAUCCACAGGGAAUGCUGCUUCAGGCAGGGGGGAUCACAGGAACCUGGCACUGCCUGGCACCUCUUGGAUUAAUCAGAGCAGCCUGGGAACCUUUCUGCUGCUGGAUGUCCCUGGGUUUAUUUUUCCUUGGAGAGUGGCCCACAGCAGCCAAAGGGGAAUGACAGGAUUAUUUUUUUAGGGAUUUUUUUUUUGUUUUUCCCCACGUGUGAAACUUCAGCACCUGCCUGGGUUUAUUUCUCCCAGCAGAGCAUCCUCGUGCUGAGCAAGGAUCCCCUAAAAUCUGCUUCAUCCUGGUGCUCUCCCCAGUGGAGCCAGAGCUGGAUCACUGCCCACAUCCCCCCUGCUCAGCCCUGCCUGGGGGAGAGGCCAAAGAGCUCCCACCCUGCUCCAGGUGGGAAUUUUCCAGGUGGGAACCAAGGGAUUGUCAGGUGUCACUGCUGUCCCAGGGAGCCUUUCCUUGCUGGGAGUCUUCCAGCCGGCAAUGCAAUCCUAUUUCAGAAAGAUUUGGGAUUUUCCCAUGACCCUGGGAUGAAGGUCUGGGCUGGUUUUAGACACAAAUCCAGAAACAGCCAAAACCUGUGCGCUGCUUUCUUUGGAACAGCUUUGGCCAGGAGGGGAGGAGAUUUUUAGGGGGGUUUUUUUUAGGUUAUAAAAGCAGCUGAGUGCCAGGCAGAGAGGCUGAUCCCUGCUUUGCCUUGUCCUGUCCUUGUGUCCUGUCCUUCCCUCGUGCAAAAUUCCUCCUGCAGAGAGAAUUCCACGCAGCCCAGCACAGGACAGGCCUGCAGAUGCCUUUCCCAGGCUUUGAGCCCUGUAACAGCUGUAGAAAUCCCGUGGCUGUGCAUGCCUCCAGCCCUCGGGAUGGGUUUUUCUACCGGACCUGUUGCAUUUCCCGAGACCAAAUUCCAGCGGGGAUGGGGCUCUGUCCCUCGCUGUGCCCCUGCCGCUCUCCCCUUCGGUAUUUUACUGUGAAUCCCGACCCUUUUGUAAAGCCACAGCAAUUUUGUACUGACCCGAGAUACUGUGUGGAGGGAGGAGCCUUUCCCCCCUGGAAUGUCACGCCGAGUUUUCUUCCCGGAGUUUUCUUCCCGGAGUUUCCUGCCGGUGAAUCGCUGCAGCUGUGUUUCUGCUCUCAAGAUGUAAAUAAAGAUU